AUGUCUUGUACUGUUUGUGGAACUACAACAUCUUAUGUAUGUAUAGAUUGUGAACAACCUGUGUGCAACAAAUCAACCUCGUGCUCUCGUUUUGCUCCAGAAACAUCGAAAGGAUGGAAGGCUGGUUUCAGAGUGGCUUCCUGUCAAAAAUGCUGCGAAAGACGUGAACAGCGCGAGGAAAUCUUUGUUACGGAGCAAUCAAAAUCAACACCGCAAAAACCAGUUAAAAACGAAAAGAGCAAGGUCAAAAAUAUUAGCUCAUCCAAAGCUCCCACUUGUUUAAGCAUUGAUGAUAAAGUUGAACUUAUAAAAUAUCACGAAAGUCAUCCACAGCUAGGUGUCAGAAAAAUCGCAGAGAAAUUUAGUUGUGGUCGAACCCAAGUUUCAACAAUUAUCAAGAAUAAAGAAUCCAUUCUAGACGAGGCAAUCCUUGUAGCAAACCAGGCUAGUCGGAAAAGGAAAAAUCCGCAGAAAUUUUCGGAGAUAAAUGAAUAUUUGUGGGCAUGGUAUAAUCGCUGCAGAGAAUCUAAUGUCCCUGUGAGUGGUCCUAUGCUGCAAGAGGAAGCAAAACUCAUUGCCGAACGACUUGGAGAUAAUGAGUUUCAAGGUUCAAACGAAUGGCUAGAGAAAUGGAAGAAAAGGUACAACAUCAAAGAGAUGAGAGUCGCUGGUGAAGACGGUGAUGUCAACGAUGUUACGCUUGACAGCUGGCAGGAGCGCGUCAGGGAAUUAACAAAGGGUUAUGCGCCUGAAAAUGUUUGGAAUAUGGACGAAACUGGCGAGUUCUGGAAAGCGCUUCCUGAAAAAAGUCUUUCUGAAGCAGGAAAAAGAUGCCGAGGUGGAAAAAAAGCGAAGCAACGGUGUACAUGGGCAUUUUUCGUUAAUGCCGCUGGUGGUAAGGAAGAGCCUGUUGUAAUUGGUAAGAGUAAAAAGCCACGUUGCUUUAAGCACUUAAAGGACAAAACUAAACCGUACAAGUGCCGCUAUUUCUCAAACUCCAAAGCGUGGAUGAGGACUGAGAUUAUGGUGAAUGUGUUAACUAAAUUGAAUGGACGAUUAAAACGUGAAGGCCGUAAAAUCAUCCUGUUCCUUGACAACGCGCCCUGUCAUCCGCAUGAACUUAAGGGUCAGUUUUCAAACAUUACUCUGACCUUUUUGCCGAAAAAUACAACAUUGAAGACUCAGCCUCUAGAUGCCGGAAUUAUUAAAUUGUGGAAGGUCAAGACUAGAAGAAAGCUGCUUCGCUUUGUAUGUAGCAAAGUGGGUCAAGAAAUAGCAAGUGAGAUUGUGAAAUCUGUUCAUCUUCUUCAGGCCAUUCAAUGGGGCAAACAAGCGUGGGAUGAAAUUGACUCUGAGACCAUCCAAAAAUGUUUUGCGAAGGUGGGAAUGUAUCCAGAAAAGUUAAGUGAUGAUGACGAUGAUGACCCAUUUGAAGGGGAAGAGAUGAUGAAUUUGAACGAACUAUGCUCGAUGCUUUCUGAUGACUGCUCUGCCGACCAGUACCUUGAUGCAGACGACUAUGUCCCAUUCUGCGAUAAUUUGAUCAACAUCGAAGAUUCCAAUUGGCGGGAAGAAUUAAGAGGAGAGCUGUUGAACGAAACAAGCACAAGUCAGAAAUACGCAAAGCUAGAUAACCUUGACAACAACGAAGACACUGAUGACGAACAAGAAGAUGAUGAUUUCGACGUCCCUUAG